AGGGAGGAAGGGUAACCGUCUCUCGCCGCAAAGGAUGCCGGAGAUUGUAGUCUCUUUGGAGUGGGCGAGGCUUGGGCGGGAGUUUUCAUGCUCCGGGGAGAAGAGGCAGCCUAGCCCCUCCCCCCGCCUCGCUUUCCCUCAGGCGGUCGGAACGCUUGGGCUGUACCUCAGCCUGCCUGCCUGCCUGCCUGCAGCCGAUAUUAAUUUACAAACCACAUAUUCAUUUACAAAUAAAUUGUAAAGAAUAAUUUACAAAUAGCAGGGAUAGUAACAGGGUUUUAAAAAAACACCAGAACAACCAUUGCUCCUCCUUCACUUCCCCGACUUAAAGCACUUCAGAAAAGGCUCAUUUUAUACUUUGGAGGAGUCAAUGAGGAAAAACUCAUCAUGGAAAUAAAAGGGCUCAUUCAGGAACUGAUUAACAGAGAGACCUUAUCUAAUGUAGCAGAGGUCAUUGAGAAGCUGUUCAGUCAGACAGAAAACCUGAAUAAAGAAAGUCACCGUGAGGGUGAGAAGACUCAGAUUGAAGAAACUGCAAUCAGCUUAUGGAACUGGACUGUGGCAAGGAAAGCAGACCCUGUUAUCAGUGAUAUUCAAAGAGUCAAAUUGCGCCAUGUUGCCCUCAGAUUAAUGAUAUUUUAUGAAGUAAACAAUCCACCUGAAGAGACGAUGAGAAGACAGGUUUUGAUGGCCAUGAAGACUGGAAAAGGAUGGGUUGAGGUUGGAGAAUUUGCUUUUGCUGACGAACUUCUUGAGAUUGCCAUGAAUAAUCUGGAGAAAUUAUAUGCCCAGUUAACCAAGAGGAGCACCAAGCAGACUGAUACACAUAUGCACAAAGCUGAUGUAGAGAAGGAUGUGUUCAAAGUUCUGUCUUAUCAGGCUGAAUCUGCAGUUGCUCAAAGGGAUUUUCAGAAAGCAGUCAAGUGUGUUCAACGCUGCAAAGACAUCCUGAUGAGGCUGAUAAAAGAGAGUUGUUACCUUUCCCUUCUGUGCUAUAAUUUUGGGGUAGAGACGUAUGAACUGAAGAGGUACGAAGAGAGCUCUUUCUGGCUCAGCCAGAGCUAUGACAUUGGGAAGAUGGAUAUGAAAUAUUCAACUGGAAAAGAAAUGCAGGCUAAAGUGCUGCGAUUACUCGCUACUGUCUAUUUGGAGUGGGACUGCAAACAAUAUCAAGACAAAGCUCUCAGGGCUAUCGCCAUGGCUAAUGAGGAGAAUUUGCAUCCAGCAGGUUUUUUCUUGAAAAUAAAAAUUCUUCUGAAAUGCGGUGCAUCAGACGAAGAUGUCAGCAGAGCUGUUGGUGAACUUCUGCACCACAAGUUUUCUCUUGACAUCUGCCUGGACACAGCGAAGCUACUUCUGGAACAUGAGAGGGAGGCCAUUGGUUUUGACUUCCUGAAAUCAGUUGCUCAGCUGUUUGAACGAUCACCAGACAUUGGCAAAGUAAUUCUUCUUCACAUCAAAUUGCUAUUACUGAGAAUGAAGGAGCCACUUGCCAAGAAAAUGAUUGAAGAUAUCAUUGCAGGGUGCAGCACAGGAACUCACCUGCCUCCUGAAAUACUGAACGACUUGCAGCUUAUUUUGUGGGGAAGAGCUGCUAAGAAUUAUGAGACAAAAAGCUAUCCUGAAGCUCUUCAGUGGUACAGCUACUCCCUCAGCUUCUACUCCACAAGGCAAGCAGACCACCAGAACAUGGCAAAACUGCAGAGAAAUAUGGCUGCUUGCUAUCUACACCUGAAAUUGCUGGAAAAGGCUCAUGAGGCAGUGAAGGAGGCCGAGAGUUACGACCCAAACAGCAUCUUCACUCAGUUCUAUGUGUAUAAAAUGGCAGUCCUACAAAACAAUACCCAAAAAGCUAUUGAUGCACUUGUUAGGAUGGAGGAGUCAGCAGCACAGCCAGACCAUCAAACAGACAAGCUGUUAGUGGAUGGAUCAAUGGUCGCCAAUCUCCUGACCUUAGCAGCUCAGUUUGCUUUGGAGAACAAUCAGCAGCCUGUGGCAAUUGAAGCCCUGGGAUAUUUAUCUCAGCAUUUGCAAGACUGCCAACAAGCAUUUACAGCUUUAAAAUGUUUGACUCGGCUUGUGUUGUCUAAAGUUGCAGUGCAAUCCAAAGAGGAGACAACUAGAGAUAUGGAGACUCUUCUAACACACUUGACUGCAGCUCACCAUAGACUAGAUGGGCUGUUUAGGGAAGAAAAUGAGACACUGGAGAUGAAAGUUCAUGAAGCUCAGUGGUUCAGGAAGAUAGCUUGGAACUUGGCUAUCCAGUGUGAAAGCUGCCCAAGAAUAAUGAGAGACUUCUUUAUAAUGUCUUUCAAGUUUUCCCAGUUUUGCCCUCCUGAGAAAGCCAUCCUCCUUGCCCAGAGAACAUGCCUGCUCAUGGCAGCAGCUGUGGAUCUGGACAUGGGUCGGAACAGUUUGCUGCUUGAGGAACAGCAGACUGAAGUGCUGAUUCAAGCCCUUGAACACAUCCAGUCAUGCAGAGAAGUCUGGAAAGUUCUGAAGCAAACAGGUGAUUUCCCCAAGGAUCCAACAAACACAAUAUUAUUGCUUUAUGAAUUUGAAGCCAAGGCGAAGUUGAAUGACCCGGCAGUGGCCAGCCUGCUGGAUCACGUGUGGGAGCUGCCACAAGCGGAUGUUAAGACCCUUGAAACGAUGGCAUCACUGGCUAUGGAGUCCCCCGCGCACUAUCCCUCGGUGUGCAAGAAAGCCCUCAGAAUGGUUUUGACCCUCCUCAGGAAGCAAGAAGCCAUGGAUACAGUCACACUCAGCAAAUGUCUACACAGCCUGGUCCACCUUUCUUUGCCAUCCAGCAUGAGCAGUGACACUGAGGUUUCUGCAACGGAGGAGGCCUGGGGCUAUUUUGAAGACGCUCUGAGCAUUCUGAGCAGCAUGGUGCUGCAGGCGAGCUAUCCAGAGGUGGAAAUACUCUGGCUCCUGGCCAGAGCUUGGAACACAGGCAUAGGCUACUACUGCGCUGGCAGAUACCAGGAAGCAGAGCGGUGGUGUGGCUUGGGAAUGCGCUUUCUGCCUCACUUAGGAACUCUGAAGAGCAGCUAUGAGGGCCAGAUGAUUAGCCUUUACAGCGAGGUGCUGGAGAAGCUGGACAGAGCAAAGGGAUUCUACCCAAAGGAGGAGUGACAGCCACCAAGGCCACCCCACAGCUGGCAGAUGGUCUUUAGCCAUGACCUCUGGAGCAGGAGGAAGUCUCACUGCAAUAUUUCAUGGAGCAGAGGUGCCCCCUUUAUCAGAGGGAGACUGCCUCUCAUGAAGCCAGAGUUGCGUCUUCUGCGCACAUUUAAGGACAGUAAGAUUUCAGAAAAAGGCAGAACAAUAAAAUAGUCUAAG